UUUGUCUUUCUUUGACCCUCGCUACCUUCAACUGCAGUUAUUCUGCGAUCAUGAACAACAUUCAAAAUUUUAUCCUUCGUACUCCAAAAAAUGUCGUUCGAAUCGUUCGUCUGGAAGGCACAAUCGUCUCUCAGUCUCGACAAGGGCCAGGUAUUUUGAAUUUACGCAAGGUUGAAAAGCACCUCGACAAAGCGUUCGACGUCAAGAAAGUCAAGCCCAAAGCUGUGUGCUUGCAGAUCAACAGUAGGGGAGGAUCCCCUGUUCAGUCAAACUUAAUUUAUCAUCGAAUACGGGCUUUGGCGAAAGAAACGAAAAUCCCAGUGCUUUCAUUCGCGGAAGACAUGGCCGCCUCCGGGGGGUACAUUUUGGCUUUGGCGGGUGAUGAAAUCUUCGUGGAGCCAAACACCAUUAUCGGGAGCAUCGGUGCCCUUUCUCAAGGGUUUGGCUUCGAGGAAACCAUAAAGAAACUAGGUAUGGAGUCACGCAUUUUCACUUCAGGUGAGCACAAGGUUCGAAUGGACCCCUUUAGCCCUCUCAAGCAAGAAGAUGUUGAUUAUGUGACAAAUAUGCUGAAGCAGCUUCACAACAACUUCAUUGAAUUGGUGAAAGAAAGGCGACCAUCACUUGAUGUCAAACAUAAAACUGUGUUUAGCGGUGAUUUUUUCACUGGCAAGGAUGCUGUCUCCAUUGGUUUAGCUGAUAAUACCUGUUCUGAUUUAAGAGCUGUUUGUCAACAAAGGUUUGGUAAAGAUGUUAAAUUUGAGCGCUGUGAGCCUCCUACUGGUCUUUUAGGUGAGCUGAAAAAUUUUGGCAGUCAGAUAAAAGUUGAGGUAUCAAUGAAUGACAUGCUGGAAGAGAUGGCUUUAAAACAGAACAAACUUUAACUACAAGGUGCUUUUCACAGAAAACACUUGCAAUUCUAUUGUUAAAGUAGUUUUUUAGCAUCGACAAUGUUUAUAAAGACUUAAAGAGAACAUACAGUUUUAGCCAAAGUUAUCAAACGUGCACAAAGCAACCAGCAUGUUAGCUUUGAUAGUUUCAUGUCAACUCGAACCCUUUCAUUUCCCAGUGUGUCUGAGGGAGUGUUGUAGCCGUCAAUCUGAAAUGGAAAGACCAAGGAGUCUCAGGCAAAUAAAACAGUUUACUAUUGA